AAUUUCACCAACUCUCUCAAGAAAUUUUGAAAGCACAAAAAAAAAAUUUAAAAAAAAUUACCAGUACAUAAUGUCUUUCCAUUUUCAUAAAAUUAGUUUGUUCUUUUAAGUUCUGUUCUUUCUUCUGCAGUAACAGAGUAUCAGUUAGUCAUUAGACUUGCACUGCACAUGGUCAGAUGAUCUUUCUUUAGAUACAAUUAAUUCUAGCAUUUGCAGAUUUGCUGAGUUUGUACUUUUCUUGGUAUUUUGCUUGUUAUAUAUUUUAGCAUUUGAAAAAAGAUUGUUUUUUUAUUAGUAUUUGUUAUUAUGGGGUUUUGAGUUCUUGAAAAACAAAUAUAUUUUUGCUGUUUUGGGAGCGUAAGUUAUUUGGAGUUGUCUUAAGGGUUUAAGGGGUUUUGAGUUCUUGAGUACAAAAAUCUUUUUGCUGUUUUUGGGGCUUAAGUUAUUUGGGGUUUUGGUUAUUUUAUUAUUGUGUAUAUGCAUGGAGGAGAAAGAAGGAGUUAAUAGUUCUGGGGUUACAGUUAAAGGUGAUGAAGCUCCUGAGAGCUACAGAGUGGUUCCCAGGAGUGAAAGUAAUAAUAUUGAGUUUAGUGGAUCAAUUGUAGCAACAACACCUGUAAAUGUGACAGAAGAGACGAAGAAGAAGAGGGGUAGACCUAGGAAAUAUGGACCAGAUGGUAAACCAGCCGUUGCAUUAUCACCAAUGCCAAUAUCAGCUUCAAUUCCUCUUGCUGGAGAUUUUUCAGCUUGGAAAAACAGUGGAAGUCGCCCCGUUGAUUCCUUUAAGAAGAAGAACAAGUUUGAGGUCGAAACUCCAGGGGAGGAGAUGGCAUACUCUGUCGGUGCAAAUUUUACACCGCAUGUGAUCACUGUUAGUACUGGUGAGGAUGUCAACAUGAAAAUAAUUUCAUUUGCUCAACAAGGAUCUAGAGCUAUUUGUGUGCUGGCUGCAAAUGGUGCAAUUUCAAAUGUUACACUCCGUCAGCCUAAUUCUUCUGGUGGUACCUUGACCUACGAGGGUCAUUUUGAAAUUCUCUCUCUGACAGGAUCAUUUAUGCCUAGUGAUAAUGGAGUAACAAAAAGCAGAUCUGGUGGGAUGAGUGUCUCUCUUUCAGGCCCUGAUGGUCAGGUUAUGGGAGGAGGACUUGCAGGCAUGUUGGUAGCUGCUGGUCCCAUUCAGAUUGUGGUCGGUAGCUUUCUACCUGGUCAACAGCUGGAGCAGAAGCCAAAGAAGCAAAGAGUCGAGCAUGCUGCUUUUGCUGCUAUUCCUGCCCCUCCCAUUUCUGAAGAACGAACUGACAGUGCUUCCUUUGGACCAAGUCCCAAAGUUGCUGCUUCUAUUUCCUUUCCUGGGGAUAACUUGAUCACUACAAAUUCUAUAUACAGCUCAAGAAUCUCAGAGUCACAAAACAACAUAUCUUUGCCUGGAAUGGAAUCUAAAGAGCAGAGCCCAUCGUCCUGAUUGAACUGAUCGUUGUUAUCUUAUUGCUAAUUGUUAGCCUCAUGAUCCCUUUAUCUGAUGAAUAUUAAAAAGUAAUUGACUUUGAUAGGAUUUAGUAGGGCAUAAUUUGUGUUUAGUUUAACCUAGAAGUACUUCACUCUUGUUAUAGGUGCCACAAGAUAGGAAUUUUCUACCAGUAGGAGCUGUUAUAAAUUGUCACAUUUUU